CAGCCCAUAAUUGACACUUGCCUAUUUGUAAGCAAAUCGUUGUUUGUUUGUUGUGUUUUUUGUGGCUUUUUCCCAAAACUUUCGUGUAGUUUUCCAGAACAAUUGUGCAUUCCAGCUGCAGUGAAGUUUUCCUCACACACGAAGGAAGAUAUAAAUGAAAUGUUUAUGGUGUAGUUGGCGUCGUAGACAAAUAGCGUAAACCUUGUGGAUGAGUUGUCCGGGCCGCUUGGGAUUGGAGAACUAAAAGUUAUGAACAACGAAAAUGGACCCACAUCUUCGGCGGAGCGACAAUUUUGCCGGUUAUGUUUGGACAAGGAAGAACAACUGUUAGAUAUUUUCAGUGAACAACAGAUAACCGAUCGUGAAGAACCUUUACCGGUGCGAAUACAGGACUGCCUGCAGCUAGAUAUCACACAACAUGAUAGUUUGCCGAAAUGGAUAUGCAAACAGUGUUUGGCGAAGAUAAAUGACUUUACCAGCUUUCGGAAACGAUGCAAAGAAAACGAACGUAAACUGCUGCUAGGGGAAGAUGAUUGUCCGGGAUUGAGUCUUCCUGUUGAUGCCGAUGCACAGACGGACGAUGAUGAUGAAGAAGAAAUGGAAAUGAUUGUUAUCGAUCCGUCACAAGAUUACGAAAGCUCGAACGACAGUCUUCCAAAUGAAGCUUAUGGUGCGCAAAAUGCGACGACCGUUUCUUAUCCUCCGCCGUUGAGUACCUUCGGCAUUCAGCCUGACCAAGCCGCGGAAGAGGAAUACGGCGAAGGUUCCGAAGUAGAAGGCGAGGAGGAAGAAGAAGAGGACGACGAAGGGGAAACUAAAUGUGAUACAGUGUCAGGAGAAACGCGCAAUGGAUUACCAUCCCAUACGGACAGUACUACCACUACGACGGUGCAGAAAACGGUCGUUUAUACGUGCAAGUACUGCGAUGUAGCGUUUGGGGCCUCAUCCGCCUGUCAGUUGCACGAGAUGCAAGCACAUGACCUGUUGGCACCGUACGGUUGUAUCUACUGCCACUAUAAAACCUCCAUUCGCACGUAUCUGAUCACGCACAUACGAGAUUCCCACAGCCUAACACGGCCGUACAUUUGUGUGCAGUGCAAUAAAGGAUUCUUGCGCCGUUCCGAUCUCAAGAAGCACACGUUCGUACAUACGGGCAUUCGACCGUACGCGUGCGAUCAGUGCAGCAAAAGCUUUUCGCGCAAUACGAAUCUCAAGAAGCACAUGCGUACCCAUCUUGGGUUGAAGCCACACGUGUGUCAUCUUUGUCCACGAUCGUUUGCAAACAAGGCGGAUCUGGUACGGCACCGGAGCUACCAUCAGGCACAGCAAUCACAGUACUCGUGCAUACGGUGUGGGACGCUGUACACACAGAAGGACAAACUGUACGAGCAUGAGCGGUAUUGUAUGGGAAAGUCAUCGUUGUUUGGUUUGGGAGAGGCUACGCUAGCUGAACCAACGAAACACGAUAUACCGUUCGUGGGUACUAUGAGUGCCCAAAUACCACCCUUACCCCAGCCGAGUUUAAUGAUGGAAACAAAUCGAAUUGAUCCGAUCGUAAACGAACCACCAAGCUUCGUUACUGACGAUGCGUUGCUCACUUUGAACGUUCCACAAACUCCUCUUUCGAGUAAGAUAUACAACUGCUCCAAAUGUCCAAAGCGGUUUCUAAGCAAAGCGAGCCUUCGUGCACACCAGAGCACUCACCCGGGCGAAGAUAAAGACAAUUACGAAUGUCCCGUGUGUAGGAAACAGUACAUCGUGAAGCGUGAAUUCGAUCGUCAUCUGCAAACACACACGGAGCUUAAACCGCACGAGUGUACUACGUGCGGGAAAAGGUUCUCCCGCAAGGAUAAACUGCACCGGCACGAGCGUAUUCACCUGCAGGAACGAAACUUCUCCUGUCCGGACUGUUCGGCGAAGUUCGUGCGAAAGGACGCGUUCGAGUCGCAUCUUAGGAUUCAUUGUAACCCAAACGUCGAAGGUUCGCUAGCAACAGGACAGCUCACCUCGAUCGUUCACCCGCCUGGCACGGAAAUGAUGCUACCCAUGUCGCUGCAACAACAUUCCCUGCUAUAUUCCAUGGUUCGGGAAGAUGGCACGAUGACGGUCGAUCCGUCGAUUCGUAUGUGAAUCUUUAGACAAGAAGAAAUUGGCAAAUGGUGUAAAGUGAAGAAGCACAAAUUUCUUCAUCCCUUAUCGUGUUAUUGCUAACUGCAGAAUCAUUCUCAUACUCAUAGCUAUCGAUUAAAACGAUCAGUCUCGAUGUUUGUUAUCGAUUUUUAUUUUGUAAAAAGAAUGGACAGGUUACUUUUAAACCAUUUUUUUAAAAGGAAGAACAUCUACUUACUUAGCGAGUCAUGUAGAUACACGUGUAAGAAACAAUUUUAGACAAAACUCUUCUUUUAUUUCUAAGCUGAUCCGUGCAACUUUGGUAAACGUGACAAAAUAUUCCACAAUCGUCAUAGCUUAGUUUCUGUUUUACCGUGGUUAGUGUCUACUAACAUUUACUCUAUUCUCUUGCUACCUAAUUUAUGUAUAGAUAAUGAUAGAAUCGGAGUUCUCUCCCUUCUUAGUGCGGUGGUACAAUACUAAAUAGCAUAAUUGAUUGCUGUAAGAAAACUCUAUUUACACCACACAAGUGUUUCAUCAAAAAUACAUAACUAAAACACAGCAAAAAACAAAAAA